AUGCCUCCCAGUGGAAACCUUACUGUCUGGCACUGCUGGUGGGUCACAGACCUUCUGGAUUUGAAAUCCAGUAGUCACUGUUUUUCUGAAUCACGGACAGAUCCAACUGAGGGUCUAAUAGCUAAAUCUAGAGAGAAGAAGGAAGUUCUUAAAGACAAGAAACUUGAGCCUUCGAAAGACGAUCAACGAGUUGACAAAACAGAGAAAAAGGAGACUGUAUCCUCUGGUCUGGAAGUAGAUGCUAACAAAAAGGGGGAAGAUGGCAGCAAACUACAAGGGAAUGCAGACAAAGAGACGGGUGAGAAUGAUAAAAAAGUUGAGAAGAAAGAUGAGACUGAAACAGCUGAAGAAGGCAACAGUGUUGAGAAAAAGGAACAGGGAGAAGGUACGGUUGUUCAGUCACCUGGUAAUGUGAAGUCUGGAAAGAAGAAAAUUAUAAAGAAGAUUGUCAAACAGAGGGCUAUUGAAAAGAAAGACAAUAUGGAAAAUAUGACCGAACCAAAUGAAAAACCAGAUACGAAAGACGAUGGAGAAAUUAAUGCCAACAUAGAAGUUACUGGUCAACACAAUGAGUCACCUGCUGAUACUGCUGCUAUUAAAACCUUUAUGAGAAAGAAAGUUUAA